AUGCCACUUAGAACACUCAAGCGUGGUCGUUUCUUGAUAUUCGAUCCCAGUAACAAUACAGCAGAACAAGAUUUUCUGGAAAAAUCAAUCAAGGAAAAAUACCCGCUUCUGCAGGUAACAAAGCAUAUUUCCGACGACUGGCUUCAUUUGUGGCCGAAGGAAUAUCCAUGGACAGUUGCAGGAGUUUUAUUGAGAAGCAAGAAAGAUAUAGACAGGGGUUUGAGAGAACAUCUCUGGCUUCUCGCACCUUACGUGAUUAACAAAGAAGAAAUUCUUUUUCCUCUGAUUAGUGAAUUAGAAUUCGGAUUAGGAAAAAUCAAGUUUGAUGUUUCUAAAACCAUGGUUAGCCAGUCCUUGCUCACGAAAGUUCAUUCUGGACAUUCUGGACUUGUGAGAACUCUCCUUUAUUGGUUCGCUUUGAUAUUGCUCAAUACAUCUUUCGUCACAUCACUGAUUGAGGAAAGAAAAUGUGGCUUUCGGCAUCAGCAAAUGUUGGCUGGUUUGUCGCCGUUGAUUUUUUGGGCUGCAAGUUUAUUCUGGGAUGUUUUUCUGAUAACAUUAAUGUCGAGUAUC